CUUGCGCAGCCCGCCCGUGAUCAGUAUAGUUCAUUUUUCCUUCGGGUCCCCAGGCAACAACCGCAGCAAUGGACACUAUAUAGUUCACGGGUUAGCGGCAGCUUAGAGGUGGUACCACUCCACUGACCACUGCCACGCCACUGCUACUCCAAGUCGUAAAGGAACUCGGGAAGGCCGGGGAACUAUACUAUAGUACUGCUAUACUAAGCUCGCGAUUAAUGGCAGCUGCCUUGCUGAGGAGAGCGGUGGCCGUGGCCGCGGUGCUCGCCGCCGUCACCUCGCUGCUCGCCCCCGCCGCGGUGGCGCAGCUCUCGACGUCGUUCUACAGCGGCAGCUGCUCGAGCCUGGAGUCCAUUGUGAGGUCGGGGAUGGUGUCCGCCGUCCAGCAGGAGCCGCGGAUGGGCGCCUCCAUCCUCCGCCUCUUCUUCCACGACUGCUUCGUCAACGGCUGCGACGGCUCGGUGCUGCUGGACGACUCGUCGACGCUGACGGGGGAGAAGAACGCCGGGCCGAACGCCAACUCGCUGCGCGGCUUCGAGGUGAUCGACGCCAUCAAGUCCCGGGUCGAUGCGGCCUGUCCCGGCACCGUGUCCUGCGCCGACAUCCUCGCCGUCGCCGCGCGCGACGGCGUUAACCUGCUGGGCGGGCCGUCGUGGGGGGUGCCGCUGGGCCGUCGGGACGCGCGCACGACGACUCAGGCAGCGGCGAACAGCAACCUGCCGUCGCCGUCGUCGAGCGCGGCCACGCUGAUCUCGGCGUUCGCGUCCAAGGGGCUGGACUCCCGCGACAUGGUGGCGCUGUCGGGCGCGCACACGAUCGGCGCGGCGCGGUGCGCGAGCUUCCGGUCGCGCGUGUACAACGACAGCAACAUCAACGCCGGGUUCGCGACGCGGCGGCGGCAGGUGUGCCCGGCGCAGGGCGGCGUGGGGGACGGCAACCUGGCCCCGCUGGACGCGUUCAGCUCCGUGCGCUUCGACAACGGCUACUUCCGGAACCUGCUGAGCCGCUUCGGCCUCCUCCACUCGGACCAGGAGCUCUUCAACGGCGGGCCCGUGGACUCCAUCGCGCAGCAGUACGCCGGCAACGGCGGAGCCUUCUCGGCCGACUUCGUCACCGCCAUGAUCAAGAUGGGCAACAUCAGCCCGCUCACCGGAUCCAACGGCGAGAUCCGCAACAACUGCCGGAAGCCCAACUAAAGUUGCACGAACGAACGAACUCCUCGAGAUUCGUGGGGAUCGCUCGGCACUGCCAGCUAGUACCAUUAGGCCGGACGGUGUUGCUUUUUUUCUGGUGGGGGAGAAGGUUGAGUCUUGAGUGUGAAGGAAGGAAGGGAAGGCAACGACAUGAUUUGGUGGAGUGGCGCUGUCAGGUGAGGAGAGGAACGGGACCGGGCUCGUGCAUGUCUUUUUUUCUUCGUCAAGUUUUGAUUGCUCACCACGGGGGCCGUGCGUGUCGCCGGCGGCGACACAUCACGGCGUCGGCAUUGCUUUGGUAAACCGGGUGCAUUCUUUAUCUGUACCAUAUGAUGAUUAUAGUUUCAGAUGUAAGUCUUGUAAGUACGUGCGUGGCUCCAACGAUGAUUGUUUUGCAAGGAAAGAAAUUAAUAAGAAAGGACACUUUGCUCA